CAUAAAUAAGCACUAAAGUUAUGAAUGAUUUUUCUUCCACAAAAGUCGCUGAAUUCGGAAAGAACCGUUUCCCCUAUGUCAGUCACAGGACACAUCCCUCUUUAGUCAAUCAUUAUCUUCCUCACACUUCACCACAACAAUGCUCCUAAACUCAUUCACCCUAAUCCUGCUUCUAACCCUAACCACUUCCAUUUCCUCUCCAAUUCCAUCACCACCACCACAUUCCCACUUCCAACAUCUCAAUGUAGAAAAAGCAAUCAUAGAAACAAAACUAAAACCACCCAAGCAACCAAACCAUCAUUCCCAACACAAACAACAACAAGAACAGCAACCUCAAUGGAAAACAAAACUAUUUCACAGAGACCACAUAAACCUCAUAAACCCCACAACCAACAACAACCAUAAAACCCGUUUCAACUCACGAAUCAAACGAGACAUUAAAAGAGUAACCUUCCUCCUUAACCGUCUCAACAAAAACACAGAACAAACAACAACAGCAACAGAAGCUAGCUUUGGAUCUGAUGUACUUUCAGGUACAGAAUCCGGAAGUGGAGAAUACUUCGUUAGAAUAGGAAUCGGUAGUCCUCCUAUUUAUCAAUACAUGGUAAUCGAUUCAGGCAGCGACAUAGUCUGGAUUCAAUGUCAACCUUGUGACCAAUGUUACAACCAAUCUGAUCCUAUAUUCAACCCUGCCACUUCUGCUUCCUUCAUCGGUGUUUCGUGUUCCUCCUCCGUUUGUAAUCAGCUUGAAGACGAUGCUGCUUGCCGUAAAGGGAGGUGCGGAUAUCAAGUCGCAUACGGUGACGGAUCGUAUACCAAAGGGACACUUGCUCUUGAGACGAUAACAGUUGGGCGAACUGUUAUCCAGGAGACAGCAAUCGGAUGUGGACAUUGGAAUGAGGGAAUGUUUGUUGGAGCGGCGGGCUUGUUGGGCCUUGGAGGUGGGCCUAUGUCAUUCGUGGGCCAGCUAGGAGCCCAAACCGACAGAGUCUUUGGAUACUGUCUCACAUCUCGAGGAACCGGAACAUCCGGUUCUCUCGAGUUCGGACGUCAAGCAAUGCCUGUCGGAGCCAUGUGGGUCCCUCUCAUUCAUAACCCAUUCUACCCAAGCUUCUACUAUGUCUCCCUCACAGGUCUUGCUGUUGGAGGCAUUAAGGUUCCAAUAUCAGAAGAAAUUUUUCAGUUAACCGAUUUAGGAACCGGAGGAGUUGUUAUGGAUACCGGUACAGCCGUUACCAGGUUACCUACUGUUGCUUACAAUGCUUUUCGGGAUGCGUUUAUUGGUCAGACGACAAAUUUGCCACGUGCUAGUGGGGUUUCUAUUUUUGACACGUGUUAUGAUUUAAAUGGUUUUGUGACGGUUCGGGUUCCGACAGUGUCGUUUUAUUUUUCGGGUGGUCAAGUGUUGACGUUUCCGGCGAGGAAUUUUUUGAUUCCGGCUGAUGAUGUUGGGACUUUCUGUUUCGCGUUUGCUCCUUCGGGUUCGGGGGUUUCUAUUAUAGGGAAUAUUCAGCAAGAAGGGAUUCAGGUUUCUGUUGAUGGAACUAAUGGGUUUGUAGGAUUUGGACCCGAUGUGUGUUGAAGCAAACCUUGUGUUGUCGUAUGUCAUUAGCAACACAACAAUCUCGAUUUUUGGUAGUUUACGUAAUGUCACGUAUUGUAUUAACACAUUUAUUAUGUCGAAGAAAUAGAAUUAUUGAUCUUA